AUGCGGGCUCUCGAUCGAGUUUUCAGUGAGAAUGAACCGGCGUGUGAUCGGAGGUCCGCGGACGGGUCGUGUAUGAGGUACCCGCCCGCGGUUGCUUUUGCCCAAUCCUUCCGUCUCAUUCCCACUUUAACGUAUUCAUCGGUAUGUCGCAAGGUUAAUGGAUCACUACCUUUUUAUUCUCGUUGCGUCCCCAUUUAUCCUCACUCGGGUUUAUUUAUCUCGUGCGGACUAGAAGGGUUAUCCCUCUUUCCCUCGGCCGCUGUACGUGGUACAGGGCCCCGAAUUGGAUUAUUACUUCCAAUUACGACUACCGAGCUAACCCUGCAUCAGUGCGCCAGUGUAUUCUUAGCGAAUUCACUAACCGCCCGGAACAUGGCCUCGGAGCUCGUCAUGAACUCUUACUCACCCGGCCAGUCCGCACCGGCCGCUCGCACGGCGAGUUUGAGUUUUUCCUCCUUCCAGACUGCAAGUGGGCAAUCCAUAAGCAGAUGCUCCGCAGUUCCGCUGUGGAAACCGCAUGCGCAAGCUGCAUCACCUACAAGGUUAAAGUCGUGGAUUUUUGCUUCCGAGAUCCUCGUGGCCGGACAGCAGCCGGGACGUGUAAUGAUCCAUUCGGCACCACCCACGACCCACCCGGCGUCCGGCCCCGGGGAACCAUCGCGCGGUCCACCUAUCCUUGGGCUCGCGACCCACUUGCUCUGUCAGAGGAGUCCACUUUUUCGUCCGGGGUCCGAGUGGCCCGAGCCAUCGCUGGUAAUCGGUGGCGACACGGUGUCCCCUGCCGAAGCGGGGACAGCGUUCCGCCCAGGACGACACUCGGUCGUCGGGCCACUCAGCUCCGUCCGAGUUCUCAUGAGCUCAUCAAGCGGCGAGGCCCCGAAAUCCGAGUCCCCACCUUCCAGACCGCAGUCUGUCGGGGUGCGUUCCUUACCUUGA